AUGACGAUGAUUCAUUAUAAACUAGAUUCAUUCCCGAAUGCAAUGUAUGGGAGAAGAGACGCAACUUCAGGUAGUGAUGCUGCCGUGGUUAGCACAAGAGCUCGCUUGCAGGACGAACCCAUCCACCUGCUGGAGUUACAGUUGCCGUCUGUAGACGGACUUCCCCCUGGCGUCGAAUGCACAGUAGACAUUAAACCAGAAUCGGCCCAUCUCCUUCACAGCGCAUCCAAUCAACUGGACAAGCCCUUUGAGAGUCUUUUGCGGCGCCUUUCGCCAAAUUUAUUGGUAUACGACUUCAUAGCGCCGUGGGCUGCGACCGUCGCCUCCCAGGUGAAAAUCCCAAGCUUUGCCUUCUCCGUCUACAGUCCGGCGGCAUUCGCUUAUCUUCUGGACCAUUGCAAGCGGGCAGGGAGCAUCAGGGACCUGAAGGCGGAGGAUUUGAUGCCGCCCCCAAGCGGCUAUCCCCAACCUAUCAUCUCCUGGAGGCUGUUGGAAGCGCGCCUCGUCUUGAGCAACUUUAUUGCACUCGCCGACCGUGUGUGGGCGUGUUGUCAGCGGUCGUGUGGAAUAGUGAUAAAGUCUUGCUUUGAAGAGGAGGACAAGUAUCUGCAAUACCUAAACCAUCUCACUGGAAAGCCAGUGAUAUCCAUUGGGCCAUUAAUGAUGCCUGAAGCUAGCGCGGCAAGGGAGGAUACGUCCGGUGAUUACCAGGUACAGUGGCUUGAUAAGCAACGGCCCUCGUCGGUGCUGUUUGUAUCCUUCGGAAUCGAGUCGUUUCUGUCGGCGGAGCAGAUAAGUGAAUUGGCGUUGGCACUGGAGGACAUCGGGUUGCCCUUUCUCUGGUCUUUACGAUCUUCCGAUGGGACGUCCUCCGCGUUGUCGUUGUUGCCCGAGGGUUUUGAAGUCCGGACACGUGACCGGGGGCUGGUCGUUGGCGGGUGGGUGCCUCAGGUGAGUAUCGUUUCGCACCGUUCCGUGGGAAGCUAUGUGAUCCAAGGCGGGUGGAGCUCGGUGAUGGAAUCGUGGCUCUACUCGGGGUUACCGCUGGUGUUGAUUCCGUUGAGGCAUGACCAGGGGGUUAACUGUCGACAGAUUGCGCUGGAAUUGAAUGCGGGAAUUGAAGUGGAGAGGAAUGAGGAGGGGUGUUUUGGCAGGGAGGAGGUGUGUAAGGCAGUUUGGAUGGUGAUGGGUAAUGAAGAGAAAGGGGCGGGGAUUCGAUUGAGGGUGAUGGAGCUCCGUGGUGUUAUAGCCCUCAACAGAGAACGUCAACAGGCGUAUAUGGAAGAGCUAGUUAGCCACAUGAAGACGUUUUGUUUUCUCGCGUAA